AUGAUGAAUGACUUUGGCAGACGUGUUAACAGUAUAAUUGUGAAAAAUUUACCAACAGAUUUUACUGCAAGUCAAUUGGAAGAACUUUUUUCACCAUUUGGACAAAUAAUUUCAAGUAAAGUUUUACCAUUUAAUCCAAAUUUCGAUGGAGGUUGUGGUUUUGUUAAUUAUGCUGAUACGGAGAGCAGUAAUCAAGCUGUUGAGCAUAUGAAUAGUUUUGUUGUUCAAGGAUUUACUUUACGUGUUAAUAAAUCUAUGUCAAAAUCCGGCAAUAAUAAUUUUAAUCGAUCACAAAAUGGAUUUCGUGCUAAUAGUGAAGAAAAUAGUCGUACAAUGUCGACAAUAAAUGUUAAUCCAGAUGAGAACAAUCAUAUAUCACCACCUAGUACUCAAUCUCGAUUUAGUAACUUUCGACCAGUUAUUGAACGAUCAUUGAGUGCAACUCAAUCGAAAUCAAUGUCGAUAAAUAGUGCACAUUCGAGUACUAAUGAAUUAGAUACAGUAUCAAAUUUGAAUAAACCAUUAUGGAAUGGUAAUGGUGAACAACAACAAAUACCAAAUGGUAAAAGUCCAUUUCAAAACGGUGACAUAACAUUUCAAUCUAAUUUAAUGAAAGAAAAAAGACAGAAGAUUAAAUUUUCUUUAUUAGAUAAAUCAAUAUUUAAUCAACAAAUGAAUAUUCAAGAACAUGAACUAUUUAUAACGAAUAAAAUUUAUAAUAUUUAUUUAUCAAAUCUUGAAGUACCUAAUAUAGUAUUUGCAGCAACAUUAGAUGAUUAUGUUAAUGCUACAUUACUUAUUACACAAAUGAAUAAACAUGAACAACUUACAAAAGUACAAGCAAAUUCUUAUAACGCGAAAUUAACUAUUGGACAAGUUUGUGCUGCACUUUUUAAUGGUGAUUGGUAUCGAGCUCGUAUUUUAGAAGUUGGUGAAAAUCGUGUACGAGUUCAAUAUAUUGAUUGGGGAAAUACUGGAUGGUGUGAUUCAAUUCUUGAGAUUCGUCCAUUACCAAAUGAGUAA